GCUACUACUACUAAUAAUAAUAAUAAUAACAAAAUAAUAAAUAUCAGAGCUCAGAGGAACAGCGUAAUCUCAAAAAAAUAAUCGCUUAAUGCGUUUUCGUGUGACCUAAAUAUAAUUUUUCCAAACGCUUCCCGUGAAUUAUCGUUUCGUCCAGCCGUGUCGACAUCACCGAAAAUGGAUGUGGACAACGACCCGCUAGACCAGAACCUCUUGCGCCAGUUCAAUUGUCUGUGUACGACGGACAAGGAGAAUUUGGUUAAAGGUUUGCGAGAACUGAUCGGCGAUCAGCUAACCGAGUCCGCAGCGGUGUUCUUUCUGGAGAUGAACGACUGGAAUAUGCACAGGGCUAUUGGCACAUAUUUUGAUGUUAACAAUGAAAGUGCRAUACCGUCCAUGUCUUUGGUCAGAGAUGAAAACAGUGAAAAUGUCCUGCAGUUGCCACCAAACCUACGGUUCACCAAAUCYUGGGAAGUUAAGAACAAUGGUCGCAUGAAGUGGCCACCUGGUUGUACUCUUCAGUUCAAUGGAGGCGACUCCAUUUCUGUUUACACUUCGUUGCCAACAACAACUCUCGAACCCGGGUGUACCAUGACACUGAGCACUGAUUUUAUAACACCUUCUAAACCAGGAUCAUACCAAUCUAAAUGGCGUAUGAUGUURCCAACAGGAACAUAUUUUGGAGAUACAAUUUGGACUUUAGUCCAAGUAGAAGACAAUGAUUCAUUUCAAAAUGAAUUAUCAAGGCAGUUGGUCGAAAGCAUUAAUUUGGGUUCCCCUAUGCAAAUCCAACCUAAUGUUUUAAAUCCCUUUUCUACAUCACAGCAAACCCAACCGGAAAUCCAAGACACUGAUCAGUCGCAAACCAAUAUGGAAAGUGAUAUAUUGUGAUUAUAAAUUUGGUGAUUUGAGACUCAACUUGUUACAUUAUUGAACAUUGGAUAUAAUAAUUUUUAAUUUUGUUACAAAUAUUAUUUUAAUAAUAAAUAUUUUUAAAUAUACCUUUAAUUACAUAGAUGUAAUAUAAAGGUUAUAAUAAAAUUAUGAUUUCAACAUAAAGUUAGUAAUUAAGAAACCUAUUUAAUUUUUUUUUUUUUGUUUUGUCAAAUGAAAUUUUGCAAAAUCCAAGUUACAUUAUGUCAUGAUCAGGUGUCUGUUAUAUAAAGUGUACAGUUUAUAUUUUAUUGUUUUAUCAUGACAAUAUAUAUUUUUUGUUACAUACUAACUAGUUCUAUAAGUAUGACUAGUUUUAUAAAAAUAUAAUAA